AAACGCAGUUGCACCCAGAGUUGGCUAAACGGAGAGAGCUAUUUGAAUACCCAUAUCUUGCAGAUGGUUCCCAUGUGUGAUUGUGCAAGUUGACUGCCAAAAAAUUAGGAGAUAUUGCGAGAUAAAGGCGUGUUUUUGGCGGAGGAGCAGGUGACCAGCGUUGCGAUACGAUUCCGCGAUAGAUUUCACAAUUUCGAGCCGCCGGAUCCCCUCGAUAGCCGCCGAAGUACAAUGUGAGCUGGUUGCUUGGAGGUUUAUGCAAUGUUCUAGCACUCGCCGAGGCCACGGAGCAGCCGGAAGAAGAUAGAAGUGGAGGUGGAGGUGGAGAAGCGCCCAAAACAGAAGCAACCAGAGGCCCAGGCUGUCCAGAUGACCGUACACACCAUGGAGUAUUCACAAGUCAAGGCAGCGCAUCAUCACAGCGGCGGAGGAGCUCAGCAGCUAGAGAAUCACAAAGAUCCUCUGGCCGAUGAGGAUCCCGACGAGAUGACCGUACUGCUAGCCAAUAAGAACUAUCACUUCGACACUGCCUCAGAGCUAGAAGAGGCUUUUGUUGAGCUCAAGGAUGAGGAACCUCCUGCGGCUGGCGGUGGUCUCUUUUACACCCAGGAUGAUCUUGAGGAGCAGCCGCAUCCGCAGGUCACCUGGCUAAACGAUGAUGAAAUUGAGACACUUGACCGGGUGACCUUGGACAUGGGCAACAUGUUUUUCAAUCGCGUCGAUAGUCAGGACAUCAUUUAUCAGCAAAAGAAGAAGAACAUCAAGAUGGUGGGCAAGUACAUAAUGGGCGACGUGCUGGGCGAGGGAUCUUAUGGGAAAGUGAAGGAGGCCAUGAACUCUGAGAACCUCUGUCGCCUGGCGGUCAAGAUCCUAACAAAGAGGAAGCUCCGAAGGAUUCCGAACGGAGAGCAGAAUGUCACCCGCGAGAUUCACCUGUUGAAGCAGCUGAAGCACGAGAACAUAGUCGAGUUGGUGGACGUGCUCUACAACGAGGAGAAGCAAAAGAUGUACCUUGUUAUGGAGUACUGCGUGGGUGGACUGCAGGAGAUGGUGGACUACCAGGCGGACAAAAAGAUGCCGCUCUUUCAGGCGCACGGUUAUUUCCACCAGCUGAUUGACGGACUGGAGUAUCUGCAUAGCUGCCGGGUCAUCCACAAGGAUAUAAAGCCCGGCAACCUGCUGCUCUCCCUGGACCAGACCUUGAAGAUAUCUGACUUUGGGGUGGCCGAGCAGCUGGACCUCUUUGCGCCAGAUGACACUUGCACAACGGGCCAGGGAUCACCGGCCUUUCAACCUCCCGAGAUAGCCAACGGUCACGAAACCUUUGCCGGCUUCAAGGUCGACAUUUGGAGCAGCGGAGUGACUUUAUACAACUUGGCCACUGGUCUGUAUCCCUUUGAGGGCGACAACAUAUACCGGUUGCUGGAGAACAUCGGACGUGGUCAGUGGGAGGCGCCGGAGUGGCUUUACGAGCUGGACGCUGACUUUGCCAGGCUGAUCCUGGGCAUGCUGCAGGCUGAUCCCAGUAAACGUCUAUCUCUCCAAGAGAUUCGCAAGGACACUUGGUUUAUAUCCGCCCCGCCAGUGACCGGCCCACCGAUACCCAUUCCCCCGCUGAAGGGCGACAAGUACCGCAGUUCCACGGUGCUCCCAUACCUGGAAGCCUACCACUACGGCAGCGAGCAGGAAGAUGUCUACUUUACCGAGCACGACGUCAACCAAGAGCUCGCCCGACAAGCGGCAGCCGCCGCCUCCGAGAUCCGAUCCAAACAGUCAGCGGCCACUCUUGCCGCCUACCACGCCUACGAGCCGCCCACGACGAGCGCAGCAGCAGCCGCUGCCUCCGGCCAUUCAAUUAGCAACGGCAGCAGGGAAGAGGCUCCAGUUAAGAAGAAAGGAUCAGCGCUGAAGAGACGCGCUAAGAAGCUAACUUCCUGCAUCUCCGUGCGUAAGCUGAGUCACUGCCGCACCUCGUAGGCGGAUGGGAAGCUGUGUUCCCACUUCAAAUAGCCGCUAAGAGUAAUCGAGUGUAAUAACUUUGUUAACAAAUUGUGAGCAACUUUUUGGUUUUGUUUUCCCGUUUUCCAUUUUUUUUUUGUCCUACAUUCGCCAAGUAUUUGUAUCCGAUUAGAACCAAGUAGGUGCGCCAGGAACACCUCAAUGAAUACCCAAAAUUCUCGAGCACCAGCGGGGACAACUCAAAGUUAGCUGGCUUGGGAGCUAUCGACAUGACAGCUAAAAUAUCCAUGUGACAAUACUGUGUAUUAUAUGAAGAAAAUGAAAGCGUAAAUUAGUCGUUAAUAUAAUAAUGUACUGAAUGCAGCGGUGGAUCGCUGUUAAGGGAGGAAGAGAAUGAUUAAGAUGAUGGAUGAGCUCCUUAUCCUUAGGAGAAGGUGGGUGCAUAAGUACCACGCAUACCCCAUGCACCACGCAUAGAAAAAACAUGUUCAAAUGAAAUUGUUGUUGGCUUCGUUAUAUUCUAAAUCACACACACAUAAUAACUGAUGCGAUUUUCAGGCGCCGUCAGUACAAUAACUGCUGGUCAGUAUUUGCAAGGCCUAGGUUGAGAUUUUAAUUUACAAACCACUGAAUCGAAAAUAAAAGAACCCAUUAAAGAUCAAAUACAAACACUGCAUUUAGUUUGCACACAUCGCA